ACAAAUCUGUAGAUCAGAGGUGUUAUUUAUUAGUUGUCGAAUAUUCGUGCGAUUCGAUGAGGAAUUAUUUAUCGACAAUGGACUGGAAAUUUGGCCACAUAUUGAACGAAAUUAAAGCAAUGUCCAACAUUCUAUUACAGGCAACGAACGGGCUUAACUGUAAUAUUUAUCUCUCAAACGAUAAUAUUUGACACGAAAGAUACAUACGUGAAUUAUCAUUGCCAAUUUUCGUCUGCCGUCUUCAUACAGAAUUUGGAGUAAGAUUAUUGUGUGUACAGCCCCCACCAAGUGUUCUGGUUAUCCCACUCUAAGGAAGUAUCACCCUACUCCGCGACUUGAAGAUAACAUUAUAAACGUCCGAACAACUCUAAAAACUGGUCUCACACCGCUAUAUAAUCUAUUCUCUGUUCUGUUCUACUCUCAGACACGUUAAUAAUCAUUAUUGUAUCAAUUAUUGAGACAAUCAUUAUUCAUAAUCGUAGUUAAGCCUCUCAGUGCAGUUGUCGAAUUCAUCUUGGAGGAUAUAAUUGAUCAAAUUUACACCGAAUCUAGUUCGAAAAUCUCGCAAUGGAAGCGUGUAUGACAGCAAGCUGUCAUGCUGCACUGUCGCCAAACCCAGGUGUAAUUUUCUCCAGCUUUGUGCAAGCGAUUUUAGCGUCACAAUGCGCUUUAGGGGACACUGUCUAUCCAGCGGAUCGUACAGACGAGAUUUUAAAAUCGAACGUAGAAUUCGACUUCGUGAUCGCGGGUGCUGGAACCGCGGGUUCCGUUCUGGCCCACAGAUUAACGGAAGUGCCAAAUUGGAACGUUUUACUGAUAGAGGCUGGGGAGGAUCCUAGGCCCGAAACCAACGUUCCUGGUCUCAUGCUGAAUAAUAUCGAUGGACCUCAGGACUACGCGUACAUGACUGAACCACAAGAAGGCAUUUACCUUGGCCAGAAGGGCAAACGAAGCAAAUGGACGAGGGGCAAGGCGUUAGGCGGCAGUUCCGUCCUGAACGCCAUGAUCCACGUCCAUGGGAACGAGAAGGAUUACAACGAAUGGUCGAGCCUGGGCAACGAAGGAUGGGCUUACGAGAAAGUGUUGCCUUACUUCAAAAAGUCUCUGAAAUGUACGAACGAACAAAUAGAGAAAUUGGGUGAUAGGUACUGUGGAACCCAAGGGCCGAUGACGUUGAGAAAUUACAAUAACACUUUCUGGAGCGUGGAUGAUAGCGUCUUGGACGCUGCACGGGAAAUAGGACUAGGUGUUUUGGAACCCGUGAUCGGUGAUCGUUUUAUUGGCUUUGGAAGAUCUAUGGGCACGCUCGAUAACUCGCGACGCGUAAACGCAGCUAAAGCUUUUCUGUCUCCUAUCAGAGACAGGAAGAACUUGUACGUGUUGAAGUCCGCCAGAGUGGAGAAGGUUCUGGUGUUCAAUUCCCAAGCGACUGGCGUUCGAGUCACCCUGAGGGACGGUCAAUCGAUCAACAUAAAAGCAUCGAAAGAAGUGAUCCUAUCCGCGGGGAGUAUCGGCAGUCCUCAAUUGAUGAUGCUCUCGGGUAUAGGGCCAAAGGAACACCUACAGCAGAUGGGAAUACCUACACUGGCUGAUCUACCGGUUGGCAAGAACCUUCAGGAUCAUUUAGGCUGGUUUGGGUUGCACGUAAGUUACGUCAACGAAACGGCCACCCCUCCAUCCCCCACGUUCCUAUUGGACGGCGUUUACGACUAUCUGCUGCACAACAAAGGGCUUCUGGCAACGUUCCCGUUCGAUCUUUUGGGUUUUGUCAACGUCCACGAACCGACAUCGAAGUACCCUGACAUCCAGUUCCAUGUAUCCGCCUUCCCACAGUUCAACCCCGUCAUGGUGAGUAACCUUCUCAAAAUGUUCAAUUUCCAAGACGAAAUUGUAGAAGAAAUAACGAAAACGAUCAUGGAUACCAGCUUGCUGACGUUCUCUUCGGUUUUACUGAAUCCUGAGAGUCGAGGUUUGCUCGAAUUGCGCAGCAGGAAUCCAACGGAUCCCGUCAAGAUCUACGCGAAUUAUUUGACCGAAGAGAAAGACUUGCAAACGUUGAUCAAGUCCGUCGAUGUGGUUAAGUCUCUGUUGAAGACAGAGGCGUUCAAAAAGCACAAGAUGGAAUUGCGACCCGUCGAUACUUCUGGUUGUCGACACACGAAACCGGAUUCCAUGGAAUAUUGGGAAUGCAACAUUAGGCACAUGUCUACCACGUUGUUCCAUCCCGUUGGAACGGCUAAAAUGGGCCCACAUGGCGAUCCUACGGCAGUUGUCGACUCUAGAUUAAGAGUACACGGUGUUCAGGGACUGAGAGUGAUCGAUGGUUCGAUCAUGCCGACCAUCGUCAGUGGGAACACUAACGCGCCGAUUAUGAUGAUCGCGGAGAAAGGAGCAGACAUGGUUAAGGAGGACUGGUCGAUAAAUAUUCACGAGGAAUUGUAAAGGUUAACAAGGAAGAAUCUGUACUGGAUUUUAUUUUCAAUUUUUUUUUUUUUUGAAUUAAUAAUUUACAAAACUUCAAACGUGUUCGUUAUUCCUUAUCUUAUAAUAACAGUGUGAUCAUUCUUUAAAGAAUAAUGUACAAAGGAGAUUGAUGAAAUGACGAAGGAUAAUGUAUAAUAUUAUGUAAUUAUAAUUGUUUAUAUUUUUAAAUGUUUUUGGUUGCUGUCGCGUCCUACAAUGUCCCUCGUUUCUUCCAAAAUGAGAUUUACUGCGACGAUUACCCAUAGUCACGGUUAUCGACAUAGUAAAUUACACCAUAGGUAAAGUACCGACCUGGUAAAAUUGUCACUAGCCAAUCUAGGAGAAAGUAACUAGACACGGUGUCGAGCAAGAUUCCCUCUCCAUCAGGCAAUUUUAAAUGACUGAAACCUUUUAUUUAAAAGUAUGGGGCUUGAAAAUCUAAUCACCGUGGUCUGGGUUAAAAGAAAAAAAUUAAUAGACAAAGAAUCUAAAUUAUACUAGUAAAGAGAGAUAAACUCUUGUUGCUAUUACCACGUAAGAAAGGGACGGUGUUAGUAUGAUAUGUUAAAACUAUACAGAUCUAAAUUUUUACCAAUAGCCACUCUAAUCUUCGAGGAAGUAGGUUUCCCUGUAAUUGUUGCAUAUUCGAUGGAGAAUGUAAAACACUAGAACAACGGAAUGUUGGCGCUCGUUUCACAAGUCUGCAAUUUUCGAAGAAUUCCACGCCAUUUGUGCGCAUGAAAUUCAUUCGUAAAAUUUAAGGAGCAAUGAUAAUGACAGCAAAAAUUGAACAAGCAACGAAAAGUAAAAGUAUUAUGGAGCCGAAACUUUG